AUAAUAGGCUCGCAAUUUGUCUCAAAACAUACCUUUAUCAUCGCGAAACAAGCUCUAUUUUGACUUUGACCCUGUCACCCCUUAUUAUAUUGGCACAGUGACUUGAUAGCACAAAACUUCACUGAAACCUGUCGAUUUAAUACGGAAACUGUGAUUAAAGCUAAUGAAGGAUUAACUGUAGAAUUACGAAACAAUAUUUUGAAAUUAUUUUGCUCUUCAAACAGCUGUGGCACGAAAUUUGUUUAUCUUAAUACUUCGUUUAUGGUGUAACUCUGGUGCCUUGCCUUUAUAAACACAAGAGGAAUGUGGAUGUGAGAUCAAUUUCACGAUGUCAAAUGAAACGGGAGAAAUUACACUGUCCGUUUUUGGCGCUGCUAAAGUUGGCAAAUCCGGUAUGUACAGAAUUGUGUAUUCAUUUCGCGGGUAUAUUAUAUUGAUAUAUUGACUUCUGUGUUGUAUGGUGAAAUAUUGUCCCUGUGGGGGAGGUGUCGUAUUUUAAGUGUAAACAUCGUAUAUAUGUUAUUAUUGCCAUACAUUUUGUACGCCUUUCUGUUAAUAUGAUUUCCGACUCAAAAUAUGAAAGUUUUGUUUGAGAAUUAAUAUAUACGUAUUAAUUGAUACAGUUGAAGAUUUGUCAGACAACAAUAUAUGUAGUUGGUUUCACAAAGAAAACGUCGAUAUGGUAGAGAUGCAAAUAUUCAUGGGCUAUAUACUUGAAAUAGAUAAUGCAUAGCAGCAUAGGCAUAGCCAUAUAGGCUAUAGCUUUAGAGUUUAGGUAAAUUCUACGUCUUGAGAGACUUAGGGCCUAUAUACGGCUGUAUUCUAAAAGCUCACUCACACUCAGAGAGUGGAUCAGGUUCAAUCUGAGCUUCCCUUGAGUGUCAAUGCUGUUUUUGAAUAGCUGGAGCUGGAGGAUUAAUCUAGUACCUUACUAUAUACUCAUGCACCAUCCAGCUAUUCAAAAACAGUACUGACUCUCGAGGGAAGCUCAGGUGAGCGUUUAGAAUACAGGCGUAACGGGGAGAACAAAAAAUGAUGAUAUAUAUAUAGGCUCUUUCUGACAGAACGAGUCGAGUUUAGUCCGGUAUAUGUGUCUCUGUGAGUGAGUUGUUGGGAGUCCUAUCUCAGAUUCUCAGGAGAGUUCUUAUCGAUUAGUGGAUGGGUUUCACUAAGCACUAUCGUGCGACAGAUGGUGUCUAUAUCUAUCAUCAUCAUGCUGGUCAAACAACAGUUAUCAGAGUGCGAAAAUAUGGUAGUCUUGGUUUAAUACUCUAUCAAAGUUUCUGUGAUCACAUUGGUGGUUUUGCCUCGGUAAGUUUUGAAGGAUUUGUAAGAAAUGUUUGAGGGGACUGCCAACCCGGUGUUUAACACUAAGUCAUUUCCCUUGAAACAUUUCUUGCAAAUCCUUCAAAACUUACAAUUUACCUAUAAUAUGAAAAAUUCCUACUGUGAUCACAGAAACUUCGAUAGUGUAAAAGUCUUUUAUAUUUGGAAUUUGGAGAAAAGAUCCUUUUCGUGUCAACAUUUCUGCUCGCGGUUGACCACAAUCUGCUAUCCUGUCGUGUUUACAUGAGCAAUCGAAGCUUGCGUUACUCUGAAUGAAUCAGGAUUGGUGCUUCAGUCCACGUAAAAAUGAGUUGAACGUGAACAGACCUGCAUGAUAUUACGCGAGGUUUUCGUUUCGUGAGGAAAGUAUGUGUACAUAUAUAUACACGAUGAGUUUUUCUAUGACUGACCGCUUGUUAACACAUUCCUCCCACUGAAAAGUUUCACAUUUUAUCUCUUCAUUAAUUCACCUUUUCAUUCGGCUGGCAAGUUUUAAUUUCAGGUUUUCAUUACACUUCUUAUCUGACAUUCAAAUAAUGGAUCACGUUUCCAUAUAUAUAUGAAUUAAAUUUACAGUUUCAUGCAAAAAGAGUUCAUUAUAUACUUAUAAGGCUGGUUACUCUAUCAAAGCUAGGUUCUGUCAUCAUGCACAAUAGGAAUUUUGCAUAGAUAAUUUCUACCUUUUGAAGGUUUUGUACGAAAUGUGUGAGGGAAUAGUGAGGAACUGACUUAAUGUUGAACACCGAGUCAGCCUUCCUUCGAACAUUUUUUUACAAAUCACUUCAAAACUGACUCAGUUAGAAUGACCUAUAUGCAAAAUUCCUAUGUCACACAAAAUUCAGUUUCAAAGCAUUGAUUGAUAGCAAUACAAAGCAAUUUUUGUUCAAACUUUUGACCUCGUGAAAAUUUAAAAAUAGCCCCUCACUCGAAGUGCAUGCAUGAGCAAUUAGGCUUUCUCACGAAGGCCAAAAUCCACUAUUUUGGGGGGUACUGUCUGGCCUCGUGAAAGAUUCUAGACCGAAUUCAAACAACGUGAAAAGCGACUUUUAAAACUUGUAACUGUAGAUGUACCAUUAUAUAUAUAAACAACUAUAUACAAAUACAAUAUAGUCAAUAUACUAAAAAGUUGUAUUUCGUGGUGCGGAGACUCUAAAACGUGGGAGAGGCAGUACACCAAAAAUGGCGGGAAAAUUGGCCGUGAGAAAGACUAAUUAAGCGUGCCUCACUCGAGGCGUAUCAGAGUAGCAUAUACAGGGUGUAUAAAAAAAAAAGAUAAUCGAACUUCAGCGCGCUAUUGUAUCCGAAUUACUCUGCGUAUGAACGAGAUUUAAACACAUUCGGAAAGAUCAUGCUUUUAGCUGUUGAAUCGGAUAUCUUCUUCAUGCCAAAUGGAUAAAAAAUGAGCAAAUACGAAUCCAAUAAAAAAUGUUAGUCAGAAUCGCAUAUUUUCACCGUUGAGAGUUGGGUCUAAAACCAUUGAAAAUGAACUCCCUUUGGUACUUAAGUUGAUGAAUUUCACUUCAUUAAACUACGCACAUAUUCAUAAUUAUUAUUAAGUAGGAAUAAAUCUUAGCUAAGCUACGACACGUUAGUGAUUAAUUGCUUUUUCUUUUGUUAUGCAUUGUUUUAAUUAGGAACAGAGGUGAAAAUAUGCGAUUUUGACAAACAUUUUUGAUCGGCCUCGUACAUGCUUAUUUUUUCUCCACUUGUAUGAAAAGCAUGUCAUUCAAUAGCUAAAAGCCUGAUCUUUCCAAAUAUGAAAACCAAUUGUUUAUACGCCGAGUGAUUAACGUAUAAUAACGCCCUGAAGUUCGAUUACCUUUUUUUUUAUGCACCCUGUAUAUAACCUACAUGACAAACGUGUUAUCAAAUUGCAAGAGAAUUAUGUAGCGGUUUUCACAGACAGCUUUAUAAUUGAUAUUAGUUGUUAAAUACUUUUAUGCAAGCGUUAUCAGAUCGACUUAAUUAAGAUCCUUAAAAUGUCUAUAGCUUCAGAUUUCCGCGCAGAGCUAGCAACAUGAAACAAACCGCUACUCGGAAUAAUGAACUGCAGUUUCUUUUCAUUAGCUGAAAUGUUCAUCAUGGCAAUUGUCUCAAUCAGUCUGUGUUCGUGGAAUUUUCUCACAAAGUAAACAAAAACAUGGCCUCCUCAUGUUUGAAAGUGUUUUGACAAGGAAAAUUGAUACAGUUUCCUUUUUGCCGCACUAGAUCUAUAAAUGAAGCCAUAUGUCAGACACUUGUUGUGAGUGUCUUAUUUUCUGCAUGUAUAAUAAGGUGUAUGUAUAAUUAGUGUAUGUACUAUGUAUGUUGUUAGAAAAUUUCGGAUAACAUCCUCUUCUUUUUUUUCAGCGUUAACAGUUCGUCUUUUGACAAAAAGAUUUAUUGGAGAGUAUGACAGUUCGUCAGGUAUAUAUAGCUUCUUCACUCACUGUGAUUCACAGACAUUCGCUUUGAAUAUCACGUACACGCCAAGGACACGUGAUAUAUGUACGUACAGGCGCAAAAAUCUCACAUCUUUUAGCAAGUCUGUCAACAAGUCGUCAACAUCGACUAAGCACUGCUUGUCCCAAGUUGUCAACAAGAAAUGAACAAGCUGUUAACAACUUGUAACAACCUUGUUGAUAUUAUCAGACUUGUUGCAAGGUUGUUCCAACAAGUCCGAUACAGUCGUGAUAUAACAAUAUUGUUACAACCUUGUGUCGUCGACCUUGUAACAUUCUUGUUAUAGCAUGACUGUAUCGGACUUGUUAGAACAACCUUGUAACAAGUCUGAUAAUGUCAUCAAGCUUGUUCGAAACUUGUUACAACAACUGGGAACAAGCAGUGCGAACACAACUUGUCGACAGCUUGUGAACAGAUUUGUAACAACUUGUGCGUUUUUAGUGCGUAGCAAGUCUGCCAUCAAGCUGCCAACAAGUUGUGAACAACUUGUAACAACCUUGUUGAUAUUAUCAGACCUCUUACUUGCAUGCAAGGUUGUUCCAACAAGUCCGAUAUACAGUCCUGAUAUAACAAUAUCGUUACAACCUUGUUUGGUCAACCUUAUAUAACAUUCUUGUUAUAUCAUGACUGUAUCAGACUUGUUGGAACAACCUUGUAACAAGUCUGAUAAUGCUAUCAAGCUUGUUACAAGUUUUUAACAGCUUGUUCCAAACUGUUACAACAACUGGGAACAAGCAGUGCGAACACAACUUGUCGACAGCUUGUGAACAGAUUUGUAACUACGUGUUUGCAGACUUGUAACAACUUGUGCGUUUUUACGUGUGUACUAAGUUGUAACAAACCUGCAGCAGACUUGAAGCAAUGCUGUUCCAACAACUUGUCAUCAGGACGUGUUAGCACCGCUUGUUUCCAGCUUGUUGACAAUAGACAAUUCCCAUUAUAGACUAAUUUUAAAAUUAGGCAAGAAAACUCAAAUAAAUCACCACAGCUAGAAGGAACAUACUAAAAUUAGUAAAAUUACAAAGUUUGGUUGCGAAAUGUUGUAAAAUGAGGAAAAUAUAACCUUGCAAAGUUCGCAAAUUUUGUAUACUUUUGUAUUGCUUGCGGAAAUUCCUACCACAUUCCUACCACAUUUAGGCCGAAAAUGUCGCACGCAAUACAAAAGUAUACAAAAUUUGCGAACUUUGCAAGGCUAUAUUUUCCACAUUUUACAACAUUUCGCAACCAAAUUUUGUAAUUUUACUAAUUUUAGUAUGCUCUUUCUAGCUGUGGUGAUUUAUUUGCAUCUCCUUGCCUAGUUUUAAAAUUAGUCUAUAAUGGGAAUUGUCUAUUUGCUACAAGGUUGUUGAGCUCAGCAGCCUUGUUGCAAGUUGUUCCAACAACUUGUUUUAUCGUCCUGUAAUUCAACAAGUUGUCAAGAAGUUGUGAAUGACAACCUUGUAGCAACUUGAUAAAAUAACAGUAUUGUUACAACUUGCUGACAAGCUUGCUAGAUGCCUGUUGCGAACACAUCUUAUUGACAAGUUGUGUGAGAUUUUUACACGCAUGUAUGUAUUACGUAUGUCUUCUCAAAUUCAUUAAUAAUUCAUGAGUAAUUCAGCCAAUGAUAAUCACCUAUUUGAUCACAAGAUGCCAUUUGGAUAACCCGGUGAAACUUGAUGAAAGUCACUAGUGUUUUCAUCAAAUAUCUUAAUUACGCAUGCAAAAUUACUUGAAUAGAAUUCCUAAUUACUUUAUGCUUGGUUAAGAAUUCGAUUCAAAUCAGCAAACGAAAACAUUCUGUUACGUCUCGAUUCAUUUGAGAAGCCAUAUAAACAACUCGAGCUCGUGUCUCACCGGGAUAUCCAAACACGAGAAAACAAUGUAUGAAAACACUCGCGCUUCGCGCUCGUGUUCUCAUACAUUGUUUUCCCGUGUUUGGAUAUCCCGGUGAAACACUCACUCUCGUUGUUCAUAUAUUACAUAUGAAACUAGUUUUUCAUAUGAAAUCUCUGGCUCUUUUAUAUGAAAUCUUUCAUAUGAAAUUUCCUAGAGAUAUCUCUGAGGAUGUUUCUGAAAUAGAAUUGAAACACUGCGCGCGCGUCCUCCAAACAAGCGUCAAGUCGUCACGAAAAAAUAUUUCGUGUCUUAAAUAAUAACACCGCUGUCAAACGUCCGCGUGUUUACUACUUAUACUCGAAAGACCGCAGCUAUAGUAUUGUUUUUACGAAGCUGUAGCAAAAUGUUUAAAUGAAAGAAAAUUACGAGAGUUUAAACUCGGUAUAGCUUCCUCUUGACACAUUAUAUCUUCAGCCAUUCCCUUUUAUAUAAUAACGUUAUGAACUCAAGCGCUUUCAUUUGUCGAGAGACAUGAUCCAUGAAGGCCUGAUUCCACGAGCGCUUUUCUCGGCGAAAUGCGAAACAUUAGUCGCACGAAAUGAAAUCGUGCAUGCGCAGUAAAUAUAAAUUAGGCUUCGCGAAAAAAAUUUCGCUUCGCCAGUGAGUAUAUAGGAGUCCGUUCUACUAACUGCGAAAGCGAAAAGAGAGUGCAAAUUCACUAAUAAAAUCACUCUUGUGCAGCCAUCCAUAUUUCGCACCGAGGGGCAUUUCACUCCAAAAAAGCGUACGGGAUUUUCGGAUUUUUAAAAAUCCGCGAAUUUUUUAGCGGAUUUUCCCCGGAUUUUUUAGCGGAUUUUUGAAGAGAAAAUCUGUUGGAUUUUCCAGAUUUGUUUGGAUUUUCCGGAUUUGUUCGGAUUUUUUCUGGAUUUUUUGACGAAGCGUAUGGGAUUUUCGGAUUUUUAAAAACCCGUGGAUUUUUUAGCGGAUUUAGCGGAUUUUCCCCGGAUUUUUAGCGGAUUUUUGAAGAGAAAAUCUGCUGGAUUUUCCGGAUUUGUUCGGAUUUUUCCGGAUUUUUUGACGAAGUGUACGGGAUUUUUGGAGUGAAAUGCCCCUCGUUUCGCACACACGAUUUCGCGCGAAGAAUUUCGCCGUCGUGGAAUCAUGAUGAUAAACUUUAUUUAAUCACGCUAACAUUGUCAGCAGAAGCUGGUUUCCACAAUGGGCGUGUAAAAAACAUUAACAAAUUGUUACAAGUAAAAUAAUAAGGAAGUAUUAACAUGCAGAAUAUAGAAUUAUUAAAAUGUAUACAAAAAGUUUGCUAUAUACAAUGAUGUGGUUUUCUUUAUAAGCUAUAGGUAGCGAUUUUUCUUUUAAAACUUGAGAGCGAAUUACUUUCUCUUAUAUUUUUUGGAAGAGAGUUCCAUAUGGAAGCUCCAUCAUACAUGAAACUCUUUUUCAUAUUAUUUGUGUUUGUCAGCAGAAGCUGGUUUCCACAAUGGGCGUGUAAAAAACAUUAACAAAUUGUUACAAGUAAAAUAAUAAGGAAGUAUUAACAUGCAGAAUAUAAAAUUAUUAAAAUAUAUACAAAAUGUUUGCUAUAUACAAUGAUGUGGUUUUCUUUAUAAGCUAUAGGUAGCGAUUUUUCUUUUAAAACUUGAGAGCGAAUUACUUUCUCUCAGGCCUUUUAGGCGUGAUUCCACGGGCGCUUUUUCUCGGCGAAAUGCGAAAUAUUUCGCCUGUUUCUUUUGAAUUGUGGGCAACCAAGUAGAAAUAAUUUAUUCGAGUGGUCGCAAUUCAAAAGAAACAGGCGAAAUAUUUCGCAUUUCGCCGAGAAAAAGCGCCCGUGGAAUCAGGCCUUUAGAGGACAGACGCACGGAUUUAUGUCACAAUUAAAGUAGCCAAUAGCAUUCCCUUAUUUGUGUAGCUCGAACAUGUGCGCGUCAGCGCGUGAUACUUGUAAAAUUUUAACUUUUUCAAAUUUCAAACGAUUUGGAUGCAUAAAAAGUAAGCUAUUUACCUGUUUAACUCGGGGGUUUUCUUUUUCAUUAUAUAAAACAAAUAGAUAAGAUUUUGUUGUUGUCUGUCCAGUUAUAGAUACAGUAUGACAACAUAAUAGGGGAAGAACAAAAAUGUGACCCACGCACUCGCCUCGGCGGCUCGUGAGCGACUUUUUGUUCUUCCCGCAUUAUGACGUCAUACUAUGUAUCUAUAUAUGAACAGACAACGGCAGAAUCUUAUCUAUUUGUUAAAUAUAGUCAAUGGUUUUCUUUUCCCCUUGUUUACUCUAUUAUUUUGGAGACAUAUGGGUUAACACGAAACACAGUUAAAUACCUCAUUAUAUAUUUUCAGUGUCCACAUAUCGUGGAGAAAUCCGACAUGAUGCAGGCGAGAUCCUAAAGUUCUCAAUACUUGAUUACCCCGGAAAUGUGAGUUAUCAUAGUUCGUGCAUUUGUCUUGGAAAAUUAUAAAUAAACUUUAUUUACACUGGAUAGCUCUAUCAGUACUAAACUGUUCUUCCUAGAGGUCCAGUAAUUAAGAGUCAUCUCCAGUAUUGGUCCAGUGUUACUACAGGAGGGAACCUAAACUAAACUAAUUUUGUUUAUACUGGAUUGCUCUAUCUGUUCUAAACCGUUCUCCCUAGAGGGAUCCAUCUCUUAUUGAUCUAGUGUUACUACAGGAGGAAACCUAAACUAGCUUUAUUUAUACUGAAUAGCUCCAUCAGUUCUAAACUGUUCUUCCAGCAAGAGUCAUCUCUUAUUGAUCCAGUGUUACUACAGAAAGAAACCGAAACUACACUAACUUUGUUUAUACUGGAUAUAGCUCCAUCAGUCCUAAACUGUUCUUCCAGUAAGAGUCAUCUCUUAUUAAUCCAGUGUUACUACAAGAGGAAACCUAAACUAAACUAACUUCAUUUAUACUGGACAGCUCUAUCAGUUCUAAAUUUUUCUCCGUAGAAGUCCAGUAAGGAUAAUCUCUUAUUAAUCCACAGGAGGAAACCUAAAGUAACUGUGGUCUAACUACGUUCCUUUAUUAUAUUUAUCUAGUUAAAAGAAAUCACUCCAUCUUUACUAAGCUCGGCUGACUGUUGUGUUGUCGUCUAUUCCAUCACAGAUUCCAAUUCUUUCAACGAAGCUAUCAACUACGUUCAAACUAUCUCCGAAUUGGGGGACUCUAAUGACGUGAUCAUCUUGUUGCUAGGCAACAAACGUGACUUGGUUGGCGCUCGCCAAGUGUCGUACGAGGAGGGGAAGGCCAUAGCAGCGAGAUUUGACUGCGCAUAUUUUGAAGUUUCAGCCGCUGAGGAUUAUUUUAAUGUUCAAACAGUUUUUAAAGAACUGUUACUUCAAGUGCGAAAAACACGGCUGGCCGAAAAGCGACAGAGGAAACUGUCAGCUAAAAAGAAAGCUGUCAAGUUGUUUAGUUUUGGCGGGAGAGCUCGCAGCGGAACGCUUUAGGAUAGUUUUAGGAAAUAUAUGUAAUAUAGGAUAGUCUUGGAGAGGUAUCUUGCAAGGAAUUAAAGGUUUCUUGGUUUGCUUACUUUUGGGAAAUAUUGCCGGGGAACGCUGUUUCAUGGCUUGCGCACUUUCGGACCGUUUCGGUGCACUUAUGCGCCAAUCAAUUUAUACUGUUAACUCCCCCCCCCUGGGCAUACCCCGGGCAUUUGACACCUUGCUCUAUCCCCAGAGUUGGAAAUUUGACCUUUUGAACUGCUGUUAGGGUGGGGCAUUUGACGCUGCGUCACAAUAGAACAGAUUGCGUGAGGUCUGAGACUAUUAAUUAAAAAACCUUUUUAAAAAAACAAAAAACAAAAUUCAAAAUGGAGUAUCCUUCAAAUACUUUUUGGAAACUUUAUAGAGCAUGAGGUGUGAGAGUUAUUUAUUUUUUAUGUAAUAGUCAUUUAUUAAACUGUUGAAUUAAGGGACCGGUCAUUAUUUAUGGGGGUGACACCGAAGAGAAAAAGGUUGGGUAAACAAAAUUUUGAGUAAGUAAAAGGUUGGGUAAAUGAAAAACAAAACAACUCAAGGGUUGGGCAAUAAAAAUUUAUUGUCAUUUCCAAAGCAUGACCCACUGAAAUAUUGGAGACUGAAUCGAAAAGCAUUGUCAACAGUCAUUUGUCAAUACAAUAUGUGAGUCAAUCAGAGUCACUAUUUUGAUCAUAGUUUGACAAAACAAAUUGUGUUUCCAAAGAAAGUACAUGUGCAGACAACAUGAAACUUUAGACUGCAGAAAAUUUCACAAGCCGUUAUCAAACUCAUGUCACUGAAGUGAUAAAGGACAUGUAUGACAACUGAAUGGUAUCCUUUUGUUAAGUUUUUGGCCAGGGGUGGGUAGCUAUUUUUUAAUUGAUAUUUCAGGUUGGGUAAUCAAAUUUUUGUCUUUUUAAUGGUUGGGUCAGCAAAAUUUUUGACACGGAAAACAUUUCUCUUCGGUGCCACCCCCCGCCAUAAAUAAUGACCGGUCCCUAAGUUACUUUCACACAAUUCCAAACUUCAACUGAACAGUCAGAAUGAUUGGGGAGUUGAGGCAUUUGACCAUCAAUAUAAUUUUUGUGCGAGGUAUGGCACUAUAGCUUGGCGCAAUACUUGAGCGACGAGAUCGAGAGUAUUCAACGCAGAGCCCUUCGUAUAAUCUUUCCUGAUCUCAAAUAUGAAGAUGCGUUGGUACGUGCUGGGGUGGUGUCACUGUUCCUGCGGAGAAAGACCAUGUGCGAGAAACUUUUCGAUCAAAUGUGUGAUGAAACAUCCCAUCAACUCCAUUCUCUCGUUCCCCCAAGACAGCCUUAAACAGGUAUUCUCUACGUAAUAAUAACUGUCUUUCAAUACCAAAGCAUAGGACAAGUAGGUUUGCUAAUAGUUUUAUUAUGGCCGGUAGUAAGGCCCCACAACUCUAGUUUUAAAUAAUAAUUGUUUAGCUACAUUCUUACCUAGAACUAUCAAAAUUAACAACUUGUAAAUAAGGAGUGUUUGUAGACAUUUUUACUCAUAUGCAUGUAAACCAAU